CUUCCGUGCAAUUGAUCCGGUUUACAAACGGGACACAGGGCUGCUUGCCACUUUCUUUUAUCGACCAAGGAAGACACUGGGUGGACCCGAGCUCCUGAACACAAGGACGUUAUCUCGGCCUAAACACUCGUACUAUAUUUUCUUGUUCUUAAUAUUUGCAGUCACCUCUUGUUUUUGAUCUUCAAAAAAUGUCUGGAGAAAACCUGCUACCCCUUCAGAUUCCAGAGAAGGAGCACUCCCUUCUGCAAAUGCCAUUAGUUUCUAGAAGCCACUUGCAAAGCAUGGAUGAUCGCAUAUCUAACCAGGAAAGAACCACAGCAACACUCCUGGAGCAAGCUUUUCGGAUAAAAGAGGACAUCAGUACUUACCUGAGGGGAAACCAUGGCAACAACACACUGGAGAGAAUAUCCCACCAGCUGCUGGAAAGCCACAUACAAGUUAUAACCAGUAUCCUCAAACAACUCAGUACGGAUAUCGAAAUUCUGGAAAAGCAUAUUAGAACAAGAGAUGAUGUGACUGUCGGCACUAGCUAUGCAGUUCUGAGCAUGGAUCAGAAGCAUUUGAUGGGUAUUGGGGACCUACGUGGAAGAGUUGCCAGAUGUGAUGCCAGUAUCUCCAAGCUUGCUGGUGAUGUUAAUGUAAAUACGACUGAGAUACAGAAAGCAAAGACAGAAAUUCAAGACGUCAAGUCUUCUCUCAAAUUGCAAAUGAAAGAAUUGGAAGAAAAGGUGAUGCAGCUACUAAUGAAAAUUGAUAACUCAAAACAUGAACAAAACACAAAAGUAAGGACAGCAAGAGCAGAACAACAUCAUCAACUUCAGCUCCAAGAUCUCAAGAUUAAUUCUGUUCUGAGUGAAGUACGUGCACAAGUACAACACCAGCAAGAGUGGGCACAGCAGAAACUGGAGAAAGUCGAGAAUGAACACGGGCUAAGUGUCAACCGCUUAUUACACUUGAUACAAGAGAAAACAGAACUUGUAGAGAAGAAAAUAUUCGAGAAACUUAAUCACAUCUCAGUGAGACUAGAAAAAUUAGAAGACAGACAAGGUUUGGAUAUUGAACUCAACAGGAAGAAAUACUCUGACACAAAGAUUAAUGAAAAACUUGCCAAAGUGGAGAAGAGUAUCUGGCUUGAAAUAGAAAGCAUAAAGAGUGAUUAUCGGGAAGGAUUUCAAUCUAUUAAGGAAUCAAUCAAUUUGUUGAAUAAAAUCAGUGACAGGAAGAUAAAACUGGACAAAGAAAAGGUUCAGAAAGACUUAAAACAAAUCCGACGACAGAUAAUUGAUCGUAAACGCUAUCCAUAAAAUUCUGUAGGAUCUGAUUGAUAUCUGUAACCAGCAAACAAUUGAAACUUUUUAUUUACACACCAUAUAGUCUGGGUUUUAUAUUCCUUCUUGUUCCAACAGUGAAAUAGUUUGAAAUUAAUAACCCAGGUAGUUUAUGCAGCUCUAAAAUGAAUAAUAAAUCUCUUUUGGAAUUACAUGUUUCCGUUAGUUUUCUCUAAUAUAUAGCUACAUUCCACAUGACAACAAAAGAAAGAUAAUUUGCCUCAGAAAAUUCUCAGUUUGUCAUUGUCCAACUAAUUCAAGAUAUUUCUAAUGACAUGUAACCCUGCUUUUGAAAACUUAUCUGUUGCUUUGGUGAACAGUAGUGAACUGUAUAAUUAAAGACACUGCAACUCUGUCCACAUAUAAUGAAAUAAUUAUGAAACACUGUCUAAUUUAUCCUUUAAUCUUAAUGGUACCCAGAAUGAAGCAGGACAAUGUCAGAAAAAAUCCAUUGGUAUCCAAUUUGUACAGUUCUGGUCACCAAAUUAUAGAAAAUAUUUCAACAAAUUAGAGAGAGUACAGAGGAGAUUUACUAGAAUGUUACCUGGGUUUCAGCACCUAAGUUACAGAGAAAGAUUGAACAGGUUAGGUCUUUAUUCUUUGGAGCGUAGAAGGUUGAGGGGGGACUUGAUAGAGGUAUUUUAAAAUUAUGAGGGGGUAGAUAGAGUUGACAUGGAUAAGCUUUUUCCAUUGAGUAGAGGAGAUUCAAACAAGAGGACAUAAGUUGAGAGUUAAGAGGCAAAAGUUUAGGGGUAACACGAGGGGGAAUUUCUUUACUCAAGAGUGGUAGCUGUGUGGAACGAGCUUCCAGUAGAAGUGGUAGAGGCAGGUUUGAUUUUGUCAUUUAAAAAAAUUGGAUAGGUAAAUGGACAGGAAAGAAAUGGAGGGUUAUGGGCUGAGUGCAGGUAAGUGGGACUAGGUGAGAGUAAGCGUUCGGGCAUGGACUAGAAGGGCCAAGAUGGCCUGUUUCCAUGCUGUAAUUGUUAUAUGGUUAUAUUUAAAUCUAAAAUCUAUUGAAUUGAAUUGACUUUAUUUCUUACAUUCAUUACGUACAUGAGUAAAAACCUUCAUGUUACAUCUCUAUCUAAAUGUGCAAUCAUAGUAAUUUAUAAUAAAUAGAACAGUCAAUGUAACAUAAAAAUACACUCAAAUCAGCGUGUGUUAAUCAGUCUGAUAGCCUGGUUGAAGAAGUUGUCCUGGAGCCUGUUGGUCCUGGCUUUUAUGCUGCAGUACCGCUUCCUGGAUGGUAGCAGCUGGAAUAGAUUGUGAUUGGGGUGACUCGGGUCCCCAAUGAACCUACGGGCCCUUUUUACACACCUGUCCUUGUAAAUGUCCUGAAUCAUGGGAAGUUCACAACUACAGAUGCGCUGGGCUGUCUGCACCACUCUCUGCAGAGUCCUGUGAUUAAAGGAGGUACAGUUCCCAUACCAAUCAGUGAUGCUGCUAGUCAAGAUGCUCUCAAUAGUGCCCCUGUAGAAAGCCCUGAGGAUUUGGAGGCCCAUACCAAACUUCAACUGUCUGAGGUGAAAGAGGUGCUGUUGUGCCUUUUUCACCACACAGCUGGUGUGUACAGACCACGUGAAAUGAUUUGGAUGCCGAGCAAUUUAAACUUUAAUACAUUUUCAAUUUUAAUCACCAUAAACAUCUGCUCUUUCACUUGCUCCCUCCAACUAUCAUAUAUCCCUGCAUUCAGGUGAAAGUGACUGUUUAUUUCAAGCUAGUGUACUGUAUUGACUGCUCAUGCAUAUCCCCCUCUAAAUUGAAGAGAACAUUUAUGAAUAAGGUGCCUGUUUUGAAGACUACCUAUAUUCAAGUUUCUGGGUUUUAAUUCCCUGUCCCACCCCAACAUUGAAUCCUGUAUUGUUCCAAGAAUGGUCAAUAGAAAAUUGUAAGUCAGCACCUCUUCUUUAAUCCAAACACAGUACAGACGUCCAAAUUCAACAAUUUUAAAUGAUACUGCUACUUUAAUGAUCACCUUUCAAAUCCAUUUUUUACCGUUUUCUGUUUUAUCAAGCGCAGUUUAACAUCAUAUCUCCUCUCCUUUCUCACUGUGUCACAGAACUUCCCUCGCCAUCUUCCUUCUCAUCUCUUCUCUUUUUUGAAAAAACGGAAAACAUUAUCCUCCUGAAGAUUAACCAGAAACAAUGGCUUUUUCACACUUCACACCUGCUGGUUGACCGUCAAGCAUUUCCAGCACUGCUUAAAUUUUAUAUCUUUGACACCAUGCUUAUUUCAUAACCUCAUGUACAAACUAGAACUGUCCAUCAAAACAUCAUUUGUAUAUAGUUAACCAAAGAUUUAUACAGUUUUGUAUCUGGCAUUUAUAUAAACUACUAAAAUUAAGGCAGCUAAAUGCAGUUAUAUUGCAAGUCCAAGUGCAUUUAUAUUUUGAUUUAGUUAUUAACUACUGUGGGAAUCAAUUGUAUGGCAUAUUUAAAUUAGUUUAUUAAUUUUAAUUUAGCUAACAGCUGAGUACAUCUUGAUGAUAGCACCUGAUUCAUUUUGUCAUAAAAACAAAUGUGUAACAUUAUACUUCAGAAUAAAGUGCAGAUAUUUUCCUAG